AUGGCAUUGGCGGAGAUCGACGAGCAGCUAGGCAAGAAGACGGACUGGGUCGCCGGCAUCGUGGACAACCCACCAGGUGCGCCGCCGGAGUACCCGGAGAAGCGCUUUGAGUUCAGCGACGCUGACAUCCAGGCCUUUGCCAGCCACUUGAGGGGCGAGAAGCCGGAGGAGGCUGCUGCUCCGGCUGCGGAGGAGGCCGAGGACUUCCAAGAAGAGGAGGAGGCAGAGGAGGAGGAGGUCUACGCGGAGAUCGAGGAGGAGGAAGGUGAAGAUGAGGAGGGCGGGGCCACAGAGGCGGACGCCGAAGGUCGGAAGUCCAGUGUCGCGCAGGCCAAGAAGAGCAAGGCCGUCGGCGUGCGACCAGGGGCCCCGCUUUCUGGCCGUGCAGCGCUUGCCGCCCGGCGUGUGGGUCGCCUAACUCUGCGCGCGUCGCUUCUCGAGGACAAGUCUGGGAAGCGGGACGCCCUGUCCGAGGCCGUUGCCACCGAGUCUCAAGCGAGGCUUCGACACGACAAGGGCCAGCUCGAAGAGCAUGUGCGGCAGGUCAUUGACACCUUCAACAUGGCCGUCGCCUCCAUUGAAAAGGAGAAGGCCAAGCUGGAAAGCGAUCUCAAGAACGCGGACAUGAAGCUCUUGGUCCUCUAUGAGGAGCUGUUGACACUGAACGAUUUGGAAGAAAAAGACGAG